AUGAGAGAGAGGAAGAUCUUCCAUCCUCUGUCUCAGUCCCCAAACACCUACAGCAGCUGGCACAUGGCCCAGUCAAAGCCAGGCGCUCCAUCUGGGUCAUGUAGAUGACAGGAACUCAAGUACUUGGGUCACCUCUGCCGCCUUGCAGCUGCAUUAGCAGGAAGCUGGAUCAGAAGCAAAGGCAGGACUCAAUCCUAGGUUUUCGAGUAUGGGAUGUGGGUGCCCCAAUGCUUACCCCUGCCUGUGCAUCUUAGUAUCUUUAAGAAUGUGCUACUGAAAAAGAUGAUGGUGAUAUCCAGUUGUGAGUUUCACUGGUCAGUAGUGAUAGAUGUUACUGGUUGCCUCGCCCACAACCCAAAACAACUUCUAUGAAAAUGAUUUUAUGAAAGUCCCUCGAGUGAUGCCAACUGGCACUAUUCUGGAGCCUAGGAGCUGGUAUCAGUAAACCUGACUCCCCAACUGGUUUCCAGGAAAAAGUAAGACCUGAAGCUCAGAGGAGACCCCUCCCCCAAGCCUGCUUCUCCUGCCUCUGGUAGCUCCCGGCCUGCACCAAGCAGCCAUCAAGCCUCCAUAUGCUUGUUUGCAUCGGGCCUUUUGAGUUCCCCCGAGUGCAGCAAAGCUGGAAGUGGAUAUAGAGAUACAAGGGGAAUGACAGAGGCUGUGGUACUCACAAUAGAAAGGCAGACAGAGAUAGGGAACCAGAUUAUAGUUUCUGGCACAGGAAAGACAUGCUACUUCGUAUCAUCUAGAAUCAAGCUUCACCCCAGGUAGUCAGAUGAACUGCAGGUUAGGAGCAGCAAGCAGCAAGCUGCACAUGAUAUAGGGAUUGCUAAGCAAGUGGUAGGCCAGCCAGUGACGUGCAAUACAGCCCUGCUGGUGAAACUCUCUGCCCUCCGCAACGCCCCCCUGCCCCAGCACACACUGGUCCCACCCCAUUCCCACCCCCUUCACAUCUGGCCAAGAUUCUCACAGUAUUUCCCAACUUCCUCCUUUGCCUUCCCAUCUUAAACCAGCAGCCAUAGCCCCGCAGGUGACAGCCAGAUCAUGCCACUUCCCUCCUCAGAGCUCUCCACUGACUCCCCACCACCGUGCACAUCAGGUCCGAUGAACGAGAGGCCAGACUUUGCUCCUCUGUGAUCCACUCCACUCUCUGAGCUCUGGUCACCCUGGCCUCUUUGCCUUUUCUCAGGAAUCCCAGAUGCUGUUCUACCUCAGGACCUUUGCACUGGCUGUUCCCUUUGCCUGGAAUGCUUUUUCCUGGGGUGUACAUGGAAAUCUCCUUUCCUUCCUUCAGGUCUUUUCUGAGUUUCCUUAUCUUUGAAGCUUUCCCCAAAGACCCAUGAAUAUCUCAUGUCUACCGACAUCUUCACAUUUCAUCUCUUUGUUGUUUCUUCUCAAAAUUUUCCACUCUCCAACUUGCACAUUUUACUUAUUUAUUGUGUAGAUUGUUACUGCCGCCCCUCAGAUGUGAGCUGCACAUGCAGGGCUUGCACUAAUACGUUGUCUCAUCUGCAGUGCCUGGCAUGUGGUUGACCCUCAAACAUUUGUUGAAUUAUUUGAAUGAAUCAUGUGAGGCCCUAGAACAAAAUAUGGGGAUAUUUUAAAAGAUCAUGAAAAUUGGAAUCAAAUGUUUAUUUUGGUGCAAAAGUUUGAAAUCGAUGCAUAUGAUAUGUCUUCAAAAAGUUUAUAAAAGUUAAUAUUAUAAAAACUAUACAGGUAUUUGAGGUUUGUUUGCUCCCAAAUAAACUUAGUUUGUAAUUCCAUCUUCCCACAAAUUUUCUGAAGCCUCCUUGUACAUGUACAACAAAUAAGAAGAAAAAAGGUCAGAUUUUCUCAUGAUCUGGGGCCCAGGGCAGGCUUCCUCCACCUAACCUUGUUGAUUCAAGUUAGCUAAUAACUAACACACUGCACCAAUCCUUUGCCAGAGCCAUGGUCCUGAACCAAGUGUUGACUUCACUAUGGAUGCUUCUUGCCUCUGAUAGAGACAUCCAAUAAAACCUCUGUAAGUUGAGCAUAUUGUAAACCAAAAAAGCCUUUAGUGUACAUUGUAGGCUGGCAACACAGUACACUUAGGAGUAUCAGUUGUUUAUCUUCGUGACCACACAACUGGGAAGGAACUGCAGUGCCUUGCUGUUGCCCGGCAUCACAGGAGAGUAGGUGCUCACAUCCAUCGCCUGGGGAAAGAUCAACAUUCAAAGUCAGAGUUAGGCUGUUCCUGAAUGCGUAGCACCUUGGCACCAACUGUAAAGCUGAAUAAUAGUAAGUUGCAUGACGGUGAGUCAGAGAUCACAUGUAGACCCUAAGAAGCCCAGCCACAGCUGCCCUGAAAACACCUGGGGAGAGCCCUCACCUGGGACUGGGGCGGGGGCUUGCAAGGGAGUCCAGAGCUUGGCCCCUGGGAACCCAGCAGGAAGAGGCAGAGCUCAUGCCAAAUUCCUCACCUGGGAUGAGCUCCACAGAAUACACACCCCACUCAGAGGAGCACUGCAGGGGAAGGAGCUGUGCCUUAUUGUAGAGGGGGCGCGGGUAUGGUUCUGCCCUCCCUGCCUGAACCCCAGGUCAGGAGCUGUGUUUAACUCCUGGAGAUGGACAAGAGGCUGACAAAGGAUUCUGAAAGACAGAGGAAGGGAAGAGGGAUCAUUACUACAAAACAAGGCAGAAUAAGAAAGGGAACUCUUAGCCCAAAUCUAUGAUAACUUCAGAGAAUAUUUUGAAUUCUUGAAAAAGAAAACAGAGACUACAAAACAGCAGGGGCUUUGUAUGACCUACAUGAAGAAAGCUAUGAAUAUUAAUUUAAAAAAUCAAAACAGGAAUUUAAUAAGCAGAAAAACAGAUUGUGUUUCUGGAUGGAAUAAUUUAAUGUGUAAAACUAUCCCAUAUUCAUUUGUUAUUUAUUCCCACUAAAAAUACUCAUGGGUGUUUUUGUAAAUUUUCUGUUUUUUAUUUUCAUUUGGAAGGCAAAGACACACACACACACACACACAGAUCUCCCACCCACUGGUUCACUCUCCAAAUUUCUACAACAGCCAAGGCUGGGUUGGAUUGAAGCUGGGAGCUGGGAAUUCAGUUGAGGUCUCCAAAUGGGUGGCAGAGACUCCAUCACAUGAACCAUCAUCCCGCAUUUUAGGGUCUGAAUUGGCAGGAAGCUAGAGUCAGGAGCUGGGGGUGUGCAUUUAACUCAGGUACUCUGAUGUGGAACAGAGGAAUCCCAAGUGUCAUCUUAACUAGGCCAAACAUCACCCCUCACCCAACAUUUAUUGACCACCUCCCACAUUGUGUUGGUCUUGUUUUACACAUCUGAUCUUAUUUGAGGGAUUAAGAAUAUUUGUACUGUGGUGACGUCUACUAGCAAGCACUGCUGCAGUUUCCUAUGUGCCAGGAAGCAUCCUAAGUGAGCAGUCCUAGACCUUGUGGGCAUUUGGAAGGGAACCAUUGAAAGAUUCUCUCUCUCUCAAAUAAAUAAAUAAAAACUAAAUUUAAAAACUGUUGGAUACCUCUGGCUGAGCCUGGUAUAAGACUAUAAGCAAACCCCAACUCUCAAAAGAUAACUGGUGACAGAUUUUGAAAAUAAAAGCAGAAAUGUGAUUCAUCAGUCUUUUUCUUCCUUCCUUCCUUCCUCCCUCUCUCCCUCCCCUCCCCUCUCUCCCCCCUCCCCCUCCUUCACUUGGAGCAUGAACAGUACCAGAUGGGACUGUGUCUGUCUGCACACUCACGACAGGCAGUUAAGUGAGAUACUCAAACCAGUGGAAGGCAGCCUCUAGCUGCUGAGGGCGGGGUGAAGCCCAUAUGCUCUUUGUAAUUCUGCCUCAUCCUAUCAGUUAUUGUACAGAGAAAAUGUUUUGAUGGUCUGCCACUGAAAUCUGUUUUUAAUGAAAAUAUCCUGGGAUCAGCUAUUAUUCUUAGAUGACAGCUUUGUUGUAGGGUUAUCCAAGUAUGGAGUUCUGUGAGGAGUGUUUCUAGUCACAGAUGUGCUUCAAAGGGAGCAUGAAGGUUAGGGAAGAAGCACACAGCCACGGGCUAAGCAGCAAUAAAUUGCAGCCUGUGCAGGAUGGAAUUGGUGGGGAGAGGCCUCACUCGUGGCUGUGACACCAGCCCCAGAGAGAGGACUGGCUGGGAGCUGCCCUCCACCCUCAUCUAUGAGAUUUGGCCUCAUUCUGACCUCGUGCUUCUUGACUCUGAGGUUAGUGCUAUGGGGAGGAGGCCACACCCAUAGGUGGUCAUAUAGUUGGUGCUGCCUCAUGGAGUUAGACCUGCCCUUCUUAAGGCCAAACUGACCAUCUUGGAGUCAAUCUUUCUUAAAACCAGGAUGGUUCCCAAGUGGGAAGUUCAGGGAACUUGGAAGCUUCAAAGUUAAGCCAUCUUUGUUUUCCCUCUGUGGAUCAUUGUUCCAUCACGAAGACACCGCAAAACUAGAGACAUACACACAGGGGUUCAAAAUGUUCACAGACAGGUGGAAUUAAAAGAUAAUGGGCAUCUUCCAUGAAGUUUCUGAAGCCCUUUCAUAUAAAUAAAUGAAAAUUUAAAAUACAUGAAUAAAAUAUUUUUCAAAGAAAAGCUCAUUGGCUAUGACACUAAGUCCAUACUCUUCAAGUAAAUCCUGACCUGUUUCUCAGAGACUUUUUAAAUUUAAGGGGGGCAUCUACAAAAGUAGAGGGAGAGGGGCCUUGAAUUUGGAAGGCAUCACAAGUCACUAUUAGCUUGAAAUGAUGCUAUUAAGUACUAUGUCAUGAAGAGAUCUCUUCCCAGGAAAGUGAACUCAAUGAUAAUAACGCCAUUAGGUUAUAUGGUUGCAAAUCUUCUGUCUGCUAAGAUUUAAGUGAAAUCAAGGUGCGAGUAUGCAGGGAAAUAGAUUGAGGCAAAGCCAUUCUGAUCUGGAGUACCACUGAUGGAUUCACAGUCACAAAGCUCAAAGCAGGACUUUCAAUCCAGGUAGCAACUGUUCUUUCCAGCAUCCUGUCUAUGCUGGCUGUCAGCUGAGGAAUUCUUUCUGUGACACAGAUAGAAAGGAGAUCUGAUGAAACCAUUUGCAACUGAUAGAGUUUGUAGUUAAUAGGUAGGGGGUACAGUUGGGUGGGAGGUAAAACUGCUAAUGUUCUAUAGCAUAGCAUAGUAGCUGGUGGCAACAGUUAAUUAAAUAUUUCCAAAUAGCUAGUAGAAAAGAUUUGGGAUGUUCCCAAUACAAAGAGAUGAUAACUGUUAGAGAUGAUGGAAUGCUACUUAUCCUUAUUUGAUCAUUAUAUGUUGUAUUAUGUAUUGAAGUAUCUCACUAGAUCCUAUGAAAUGUACCAUUAGUAUGUGCCAGUUGAAAAUGAAAACACAUAUUUAAAAGAUCUUGGGCUCUCACAACAUGAGUAGUUUUAUUAAAUUAGCAAGUGCAACUUUCUGAUCUCUAAAGAGAAAGUUCUUCAAAAUUUUUUCCAAAGCAUACACGUGGGCUGAGCUUUAUUUGUCCUUCCAAAGGAGGUUAUUGUGGUGGACUUGGAAUUCUUAUUGGAUAGAUAUGCCCUUGCAGAACAUGUAUCUGGUUGGUCCAUCCAUCAGCAAGUACGACUGUUUACCAGGUGGUGAGCACUGGGCUAGGGUUUGCUUGACAGGAAGAAGGGAAUGCUGGAGUUUAUUUGAAAGGCUGGGAAAACAAAUAGAAAUUUUAUGUCAUCUUUAUUUGAAAAGGCAAGAGGAGGGGAGGUGAGGGAAGAAAGAUAAAAUGGUCUUUCUGCUGAUUUACUCCCCAAAUGCUUGCACAGCCAGGGCUGAGCCAGGCCAAAUCCAGCAGCUCCAUAUGGGUCUCUCACAUGGUGGCAGAGAUCCAAGAACUUGAGCCAUCACCUGCUACCUCCCAAGGUUUGCAUUUGCAGGAAGCUGGAUUGGAAGUGGAGAAGCUGGGACUCAGACCAGGCACUCUGUGAGCGGGUGUGGGCAUCCCGAGUGGCAGUCUAAGUGUUCUCUGCAGUCAGGUGACUCCCAUGUGGCAGCAGUGGAGAAGUGCGCUGACCUGGGAAGCUGAAGGCAGGCAGAAGCGGGCAGUAGAAGCACUAACCUGGUUGUUGCGUGAGGACAGGUCGCUUGGUUCCCAUCUGAUUCCUUGCUUUCCUGGACUCCAGACCCUUUUUGUAGGAGAGUGAGAGUUGGUGUCUAGAACUGGAUCCUUUUUAAUUCCCAUUCAUCGUCUCUAUAAAGUUCCCUCAUUCCUUUGCAAGAAUCAAGUUUCACAGUUAGUAAACUAGCAAGAGAGAAACAAAAUAACAGUAAAGUGAAAUACACUAGUAUUUCCAGGGCUAAAAGCCUAGUAAAUAAUGCUAAAUAGAUAACAAGCUUUUUUUUUUUUUCUCUCUUCUACUUUCCUAAUGUCUGUUUAAACCAAUAGUGUUUGAACCAUGAGUUCCUCAGUACUUCAUUGGUCCCUGGUCAUUCACCCAUUCAUCACAUUCUUAGGGGACAUGGUCAACAUGCCCUUGUACCAGGCUCCAUGCUGAGUAUGGAGGAGAACAGUCCCAGCCCCUAGAGAAUCUGAGUCAACUUUGCCAGUUGCACACUGAAAGUUAAUUAUGUAAAUAUCUCACUAGACUUAUUGUCUAAAUGUCAAAAUUACUGCAGGCUACUACAGCUGGGGCAUUUGUCGUGUGCUGCAAGGGGCAGAGGAGGAGGAGAAGGCACUGUGGGAAGCCCAUGUCUGGCAGAGGGGAGGAAGAAGGGAGUGCCUUAGGAGACUGCAAGAUUCCAGAGGUGGCCAGAGCACCACAGGAAUUGAUGCGUGUACACGUGGUGGGUCAUUAUGCUGCUGCACCUGUGUAGUGUGAAGAAUCUGUACCAGAACAGGUUUUUAGGCCUGGCUGCCAUGGCGUCUCCAUCCAGAAACUCCCAGAGCCGACGCCGGUGCAAGGAGCCGCUCCGCUACAGCUACAACCCUGACCAGUUCCAUAACAUGGACAUCAGGGGCGGCCCCCACGAUGGUGUGACCAUCCCCCGUUCCACCAGCGACACUGACCUGGUCACCUCAGACAGUCGCUCCACUCUCAUGGUCAGCAGCUCCUACUACUCCAUAGGACACUCUCAGGAUCUGGUGAUCCACUGGGACAUAAAGGAGGAGGUGGAUGCUGGGGACUGGAUUGGCAUGUACCUCAUCGAUGAGGUCUUGUCUGAAAACUUCCUGGACUAUAAGAACCGUGGAGUCAAUGGUUCUCAUCGGGGCCAGAUCAUCUGGAAGAUUGAUGCCAGCUCUUACUUUGUGGAACCUGAAACUAAGAUCUGCUUCAAAUACUACCAUGGAGUCAGUGGCGCCCUGAGAGCUACCACCCCCAGCGUCACGGUGAAAAACUCAGCAGCUCCAAUUUUUAAGAGCAUUGGCGCUGAUGAGACUGUCCAAGGGCAAGGAAGUAGGAGACUGAUCAGUUUUUCUCUCUCAGAUUUCCAGGCCAUGGGGUUGAAGAAAGGGAUGUUUUUCAACCCAGACCCUUACCUGAAGAUAUCAAUUCAGCCCGGGAAGCAUAGCAUCUUCCCUGCCCUCCCUCACCACGGACAGGAGAGGAGAUCCAAGAUCGUGGGCAAUACCGUGAACCCUGUGUGGCAGGCCGAGCAAUUCAGUUUUGUGUCCUUGCCCACCGAUGUGCUGGAAAUUGAGGUGAAGGACAAGUUUGCCAAGAGCCGCCCCAUCAUCAAGCGUUUCUUGGGAAAGCUGUCAAUGCCGGUUCAGAGACUGCUGGAGAGACACGCCAUAGGGGAUAGGGUGGUCAGCUACACACUUGGCCGCAGGCUUCCAACAGAUCAUGUGAGUGGACAGCUGCAGUUCCGAUUUGAGAUCACUUCCUCCAUCCACCCAGAUGAUGAGGAGAUCUCCAUGAGCACGGAUCCUGAGUCGGCGGGGAAUCAGGACAGCCCCAGGAGCAACCUGGUGGGAGGCAGUCGUGAGGACCCCGCGUGCGAGGCGCCAGAGCCCGGGGACAGCUCCAAGCCAGAGCUGCCCAGUGAGGGGGGCGCGGUCGGGGAUGGUUCCGGGAGCCAGAGCCUGGAGCUGGCCGGGCCGGCUGAGGCAGCGGCAGGCACCGCCGAGGCUGGAGAGGGCGGCGCGGUGUCUGUGGGGCCUGAAGGGGUAGGAGAGCCUCUGGCCCCGGGGCAAGAGGACACCCAGCCUGGCCCAAGUGCAGAAGAACUGGCCGAGCGGCUGGACCUGGGGGAGGAGGCUCCUCUGUUGCUGCUGGAAGACGGUGAGGCCCAAGGCAGCCCCGAGCAGCCCGGCGCAGAGGAAGUGGAGACUGAGAGCCAGGCUGGAGGCGGGGAGGAGGAGAAGGGCCCCGAGGAGGAGGUGGAGGAGGCAGAGGAGGAGGAGGGGGACGUGUCCACCCUGCAGCCGGGGGAGGGCAGGCUGCAGCUGCGGGCCUCGGUGAAGAGGAAGAGCAGGCCGUGCUCGCUGCCGGUGUCGGAGCUGGAGACGGUGAUCGCGUCGGCGUGCGGGGACCCCGAGACGCCGCGGACCCACUACAUCCGCAUCCACACCCUGCUGCACAGUCUGCCCGCCGCGCAGGCCGGGGCCGCGGCCGAGGAGGACGACGGCGCCGAGGAGGAGUCCACCCUCAAGGACUCCUCCGAGAAGGAUGGGCUCAGCGAGGUGGACACGGUGGCCGCCGACCCGGCCGCCCUGGACGACGACGACGGAGAAGGGCUCGGGGGCGCUGUGCCAGGCACGGGGCGCCCUGGCCCCUCGGGGGACGCGGGCCCGGACGGCGACGCUCACCCGAGCACCGGCAGCGAGAGCGACUCGAGCCCGCGGCAGGGCGGCGAGCACAGCUGCGAGGGCUGCGACGCCUCGUGCUGCAGCCCCUCGUGCUACAGCUCCUCGUGCUACAGCACGUCCUGCUACAGCAGCUCCUGCCACAGCGCCUCCUGCUACAGCCCCUCCUGCUACCCCGGCGGCAGCAGGUUCGCCAGCCACACGCGCUUCUCCUCCGUGGACAGCGCCAAGAUCUCCGAGAGCACCGUGUUCUCCUCGCAGGACGACGACGACGAGGAGAACAGCGCCUUCGAGUCGGUGCCGGACUCGGUGCAGAGCCCGGAGCUGGAGCCGGAGUCGGCGAACGGCAUCUGCGCCUGGCCGGACGAGCUCUCGGGCACCCCGGGCGGCGGGAACGCGGCGAGAACGGCCGAAGGCCUCGAGUCGCCCGUGGCCGGGCCCAGCCACCGGAGAGAAGGUGAAUGUCCUAGACUCCAUAAUUCCCAGCCAGUAAGCCAGCUUCCUUCCUUGAGGCCUGAACAUCAUCACUACCCAACAAUCGAUGAGCCUCUUCCACCAAACUGGGAAGCUCGAAUUGACAGCCACGGGCGGGUCUUUUACGUGGACCAUGUGAACCGCACGACCACCUGGCAGCGUCCGACAGCAGCAGCCACCCCAGAUGGGAUGCGGAGAUCUGGGUCCAUCCAGCAGAUGGAGCAACUCAACAGGCGGUAUCAAAAUAUUCAGCGAACCAUUGCAACAGAGAGGCCCGAAGAAGAUUCUGGCAGCCAAACCUGUGAGCAAGGGCCUGCAGGAGGAGGUGGAGGGAGUGACUCAGAGGCCGAAUCUUCCCAGUCCAGCUUAGAUCUCAGGAGAGAAGGUUCGCUUUCUCCAGUGAACUCACAGAAGAUCACCUUGCUGCUCCAGUCUCCAGCGGUCAAGUUCAUCACCAACCCCGAGUUCUUCACUGUGCUGCACGCCAACUAUAGUGCCUACCGAGUCUUCACCAGUAGCACCUGCUUAAAGCAUAUGAUUCUCAAAGUCCGCCGAGACGCCCGCAAUUUUGAACGCUACCAGCACAACCGGGACUUGGUGAAUUUCAUCAAUAUGUUUGCUGACACUCGGCUGGAGUUGCCCCGGGGCUGGGAGAUCAAAACAGACCAGCAGGGAAAGUCUUUUUUCGUGGACCACAAUAGCCGAGCUACCACUUUCAUUGACCCCCGAAUCCCUCUUCAGAACGGUCGCCUUCCCAACCAUCUGACUCACCGACAGCACCUCCAGAGACUCCGAAGCUACAGCGCUGGAGAGGCCUCAGAAGUCUCCAGAAACAGAGGAGCCUCUUUACUGGCCCGGCCAGGACACAGCCUGGUAGCUGCUAUUCGGAGCCAACAUCAACAUGAGUCAUUGCCACUGGCAUAUAAUGACAAGAUUGUGGCAUUUCUUCGCCAACCAAACAUUUUUGAAAUGUUGCAAGAACGUCAGCCAAGUUUGGCAAGAAACCACGCACUCAGGGAGAAAAUCCAUUACAUUCGGACAGAGGGUAAUCACGGGCUUGAAAAGUUGUCCUGUGAUGCAGAUCUAGUCAUCCUACUAAGUCUCUUUGAAGAAGAGAUUAUGUCCUACGUCCCGCUGCAGGCUGCCUUCCACCCUGGGUAUAGCUUCUCUCCCCGCUGUUCACCCUGUUCCUCACCUCAGAACUCCCCAGGUUUACAGAGAGCCAGUGCGAGAGCCCCUUCACCAUACCGGAGAGACUUUGAGGCCAAGCUCCGCAAUUUCUACCGAAAACUAGAAGCCAAAGGAUUUGGUCAGGGUCCAGGGAAAAUUAAGCUCAUUAUCCGACGAGAUCAUCUGUUGGAGGGAACCUUCAAUCAGGUGAUGGCCUACUCCCGGAAGGAGCUCCAGCGAAACAAGCUCUACGUGACCUUUGUUGGAGAGGAGGGCCUGGACUACAGUGGUCCUUCUCGAGAGUUCUUCUUCCUUUUGUCUCAGGAGCUCUUCAACCCCUACUAUGGACUCUUUGAGUACUCUGCAAAUGAUACCUACACAGUGCAGAUCAGCCCCAUGUCUGCAUUUGUAGAAAACCAUCUCGAAUGGUUCAGGUUCAGUGGCCGCAUCCUAGGCUUGGCUCUGAUCCAUCAGUACCUUCUGGACGCCUUCUUCACGAGGCCCUUCUAUAAGGCGCUGCUGAGACUGCCUUGUGAUUUGAGUGACCUGGAAUAUCUGGAUGAAGAGUUCCACCAGAGCUUGCAAUGGAUGAAAGACAACAACAUCACAGAUAUCCUAGACCUCACUUUCACUGUUAAUGAAGAGGUUUUUGGACAGGUAACAGAAAGAGAGCUGAAGUCGGGAGGCGCCAACACCCAGGUGACGGAGAAGAACAAGAAGGAGUACAUCGAGAGGAUGGUGAAGUGGCGGGUGGAGCGCGGCGUGGUGCAGCAGACCGAGGCGCUGGUGCGGGGCUUCUACGAGGUGGUAGACUCGAGGCUUGUGUCCGUGUUCGAUGCCAGGGAGUUGGAGCUGGUGAUAGCUGGCACGGCAGAAAUUGACUUAAAUGACUGGCGGAAUAACACUGAGUACCGGGGAGGUUAUCACGAUGGCCAUCUUGUGAUCCGCUGGUUCUGGGCUGCGGUAGAGCGCUUCAAUAAUGAGCAGAGACUAAGAUUACUUCAGUUUGUCACAGGAACAUCAAGUGUGCCCUAUGAAGGCUUCGCAGCCCUCCGAGGAAGCAAUGGGCUUCGGCGUUUCUGCAUAGAGAAAUGGGGGAAAAUUACGUCUCUCCCCAGGCCACUUUGUGUGACUCUUAGGAGCACUAAAGAGCUACUUCUGUAUAAGUUCUAUAGGAAUAAAUACAGCUUCAACAAACAGAAGAAAACAUUAUCUUCUUCUAACAUGCUGUGUUGUGAGAAUAUGGAGCAAAGACCUAAUCCUGAUUGAGGUGCCCAGGGAAGCCACCACAAAGAAACUGGCUCUUAGGGCACACACAUGCUUCAACCGAUUGGAUCUUCCACCGUAUCCCUCCUACUCCAUGCUGUAUGAAAAGCUGUUGACAGCAGUUGAAGAAACCAGCACCUUUGGACUUGAGUGAGGAAGCAGAGCCUCGCCUCAUGUUUUCCUGGCCAGUGACCCCAUCACCCCUUCUGAGAUGAUACCCAUCUUCCUUUCCCUUAAUCAACUCUCCUUUGGUUUUGGUAUUCCAUGAUUUUUAUUUCCAAACCAAAUCAGGAUUGACAAAAGCUGUGCAUGAAGAACUGCCUUCUUCUAAGAUCUAACCUUCAGGCUUCUGUCUUCUGUUUUCAAUGAACUGCUAGCCUGUAUGCAAUAUUAAAAAACAGCUGUCUCAAGGUCUGUGUAUAUCUCCACAUACCUCCAUUACUAACAAUGAAAUACGAAUGCAAGUUAUGCUACAUUUGACCAAAUGUUAAUAAAUGUUUACUUCCAUUUCUAUUAUUUAAGGGAAAAUUUGAGCAUUAAGCAUUCCAAGCUUUUAUACGCCCAUGUCUUCUGAGCAAAGUCACCAUUUUUUAUAAUUUCCAACAACCAGCUCCAGAACUAGGCGCUGAUCAGCUCUUUGUUUUCCUCCCACUCUACUUUUUCCUGUGCAUAUCAUCCAUCCAAAGGACAGCAGUGGCAAAGCUGAGAUUUUUAUACAUUCAACUCAUGAUUUACGCGUGGCAUCAGUCUCAUCAGCUGGAACUAGCCUAGACGUAUGGUGCAAAUACGACACUUCUAACAAUUAACAGUGGCAAGAAAAACACCUCCUGCUGAUGUGCAUCCCAGGAGUUGUGGGGAUUGUGGGCUCAACUUGAGUUCAGAGAAGUCUAGGAGGGGACGCACCCCUAGAAAACACCCACCACACGAGAAGCACAAACCUGUGCACUUGUCCAAAAAGGAUCUUCCUGAUUGAUGGAGCCUGAAGAACAAGGCGUCCACCCCUGUGGUGUUGUGUAGGAUGUUGUAAAGCAAACGGGAAAGGGGGAAGAAGGACCUAUUUCAUUGGUUUCUGUACUGUUUUGUUUUAUUCAGUCUAGUGACCGUUCUCCACGAAAGAAAAAAAAUGUAUAGAUAAUCUUAUGACUUUUGUUAAAGCCCAGUUGCACUUGCUUGGCAGACAAUUUUUUUUAUUUUCCACUUUGAUAUUGGUCUUUAUCGUGUUGUUCCUUCUGUUUUUUUAUUUUGAAAAUUGUGGUGUUCAGGUUCCUUCACAUCUGAAUGUCUGGGGACCACACUGACGAGAAGAUACAGAGAGUGACGGUGCUUGUUGGGGAUCAAGGGCAAUUUAGUACUUCUUCUUCAUCUGUAGCAAUCCUCCUGGGGCAGAAACAUAACAGCCCAAAGGCGCAUUGAUUUGUGUCAAAAUAUUCAGUUUCUCUUAGCGUUCAGUAAAAAAUAUCUUGGAAAACUUUGUGUUUUCAGAAAAAUAGUUGUAGGCUCCAAAGACAGCCUAGCAUCCUCAAUUACAUUUCAAAUAAACCCAACCAUAAUGGCCGUUUGCUAUUUUUCUAACCUUGUUAUCUAUGUUGUCUAAAAUAUGUCAUAAAUGAAAGUGUUUUUCUUCACUGGGAAAAGAAGAGCUAAAGAGACUCACUAUGUAAACUUCACACUGUUGUUUUCACUGUAUUAAAACAAGAGGGAAAUGUGAGAAAUAUAAGGUGAGGUGAAUUUCAUAUGAAGCCAUGCCUGCCAUCCAUGAUUGCUCAUUGGACCAGUUUGUGUCUGGACAGUGCAUUAUUUGUGUUCCCUCCACUCUAAAGCAUCCUUUGAUUCAUAAUUAUUUACAAAGUGCAGAAACCCCCCCCCCCCAACUGCAGAGAACCUGUUGUCAGUCAGGGACUAUGUAUUAUAAAAAUUUAACCUUCUAUUAUUAUGAAAGAAUAUUUGCCAUGAUCAAAUCGAAUGUGUAGAUUAUAGGAUACAGAAUUUGGGAGAUAGACAAAAUCAAUACACUUUUCAGCCUUUGGGAAGUAAUGGAUUCCAAUAGAUUUGUUCAUUACUUAUGAAAACAUAAGCAUUGUGCGAGUAAUUUCCCCCAUACUCUUAUUCUAACUCUUUGAACAGCAUCUUUCAUAUGGGGAGCUGCUUUCAUUUUCAGAUUUUGGUGACAUAAACAUGUAAAUACUCAUUAAUUCAAGUAGUCAACUAUUUUAUUGGGACUCAUACUAUUUGCCAGGCAUUACAAAGAGCGGAGGCUGCUCAAAAGACAGUCGGCUCCUGGAGAGAUUUACAAUUUAUAUUACUAUCUAUCUAAUAGUAUUAAUAUGUGUUCUACCAUAUAAAGAAGAAAUGAGGUAUUUUAGAAAUUAUAUUCAGAUUGAUAACAUGGGAAUAAAUGCAUUUUCAACCAACUUUUCCUUAUUCAGCAACAAGGCCAUGGCUCUAGAUGCAUCCAAGUAAGCAUAACAUGAACAGUAUUUCAGGAAAGUGCAGAACUCUGUAAGGAAGUCCUGAUGUCAGAGAUCCCUGAAAGAAUGUGAAACUUGCUGAACAGGGCCCCAGUGACUGCUCACAACCUUGCGUAGAAUCCUCAGGAAGGAAAGCAAAGAGAAGAGGAGCUCAGAAACCAGUAUGGAGAGAUUCUUGUUACCUUAUAUAUGAGUUAGAUUUUAAAAUUACUCCUUAUUUUAUAUAUAAUAUAUAGAUUUUAAAAUUCACUUUUCAUUAUAUAUAGGAUGAAAUAGUAAUGGAGUUAAAUUGACCAAUUAAUUUCACCAGAUGGAGGUAUGAACCACCCCAAAUUGUAUAAUUCAACAGGUAAGGCAGACCUAUUUGUUACCAUCUGCAAUCUAUUUUAAUUUAAAGCACAAGUUUUCUUCAUGGAGGCAAAUUGUAAAACUAAUCACUUAUAGGCCACAAUCACCUAAACAGAAUUUUUUAGACCUAGCUUUACUAAGAGUAUAAUGGCCUUAAUUAGGGACAAAUAAGAACAAUAAAUAAAAGAAAAUGUAUGCUGCAAGUUGAAAAAGUACUUUUGAGAUAUUAUAAGGUAUCACAGUAAUUUCAUGGAUAUCACAUUUUAUUCUUUAAUAUGAAGAUGAUAACCCAAAAAUAGAAAUUGAUUCUGCAGGGUCAGGAGAAAUACUCUGUUUCUGAAUUCUUUCUAACUUUCUUUGUUCGAGGAUACUUAAAAAAGAGCUAGUAGAAAAUGAAAUUUAAAAAUAAGUUUAUUUUGGUGCAAAAAUUUUUUUGAAAUCCAGGAGUAGUUUUUUCCUAACACACAUUUUCCAGGAGCUUUUUGAGUACCCUAGCAUAUAAAUUGGUAGAGACUGGGAAAGGUUUAUUAUUAUUAUUUUUUUUUACUGCGAUCACUAUUGUAGCACAAAAACUGGGAGGGUGGUGAAAGAGAGGUAUAUGACUUUUUGACAAAUUUUAAAUGAGUGAGAUCUAAAUUUCUGUCCUUUUAAUACCUGAUCAUAUGUCCUUUAACAGUAGAUAUACUUGUGUGGCAAGCCAAUGAGCUGAGUUUUCUAGGACAGUUCUAAAGUUACAUCAAUUGCAUUAUUAAUCCAUGGGUCAAACCAUGUGUUCAAAAUUUCUUUCUUGCCACAAAUGUUUUCCCAGUAAAGACAAAACACUUUCAAAUGAAAGUAGUUAGAACUUUACAUAAAAAUGUGGUGCUUUAUUAUUAUUAAUUAUGUAUUUCAGUGUUCAUUAUUAAAACUACUGCAAUACUAUAUCAUACAAGUCUGGGAUGGGUGUUCCAGCUAUCAUAAAGUCCAAAAGAGAAAGUGUUAUUUUCCUGUUAGUGACAUGUAGUCCCUUUGUUCUAGUAGAAAAAAAAGGUGCCUAGAGGUAGUACAUAGAGUAAAUACUGUUCCAUUAGCCUACUUCCCGCAGCUUCCAGUUAUCUAAGGGAAUGUCUAAAACAAUUUUGUUAAAAAGUCUUUGUUCUAGUCAAAAGCAAGAGAAGUCCACAUUACUGGGCUGAUUUUGCUCACAUCCACAAGAGAAAUGUCACGUGAUACUCAGGCCUCGCUUUCUCUUUCAUCAGCCACCUUCAAGGAAUGUCAAUAAACUCACUUUGGUAUGGCA